AUCUCUGAUGAUUAUAAUAUCAGUGUAGGAACAACACUGUCUCAUCUGCAGUCAUCAGAGUACCUCUGUUCCCAUAACUGACACCAAAUAUUCUGCCCUGAGGAGAAUUCUUCUUUUCUGGUUUGUGGAAAUGGCUGGGAGAAUAAUUUUUCUCAUUGGAUCACUUAUACAAGGAUUUUUGUGUGGCUUCGAUAUUAUUCUGCCAAAUAAUACAACAGUUCUGAAUGGAUCUUGUGCUUUCAUACCAUGCACAUUUGACAUUGAAACAAAAUAUAAUAAUAAACUCACUGAUAGUGCAAAGAGAAUCUGGUAUAAAGAUGAACAGAAGGAUGUGAAAGUGUUUGACUCCAGGAGCCCUAGCACAGGUCUGCUUAAAGGAUCAAUAUUUGGCAAAGCCACAGAGAAAAACUGCACCACCCGCUUUGAUUAUCUCACUCAGAAUAACAGCGGAAGAUAUUACUUCAGACUGGAAGGCAACAAUGAUCUAAAAAAUACCUUUGCUUCAAAAAUUGAAAUUCAUGUAAUAGCCUCUCCACCCAAACCCACAUUGAGUCUCUAUACACAGCAGGUGGAGGUGAUCGAGGGAUCAUCUGUGAGUCUACGCUGCUCUGCUAUGAUUUACUGCUCCUCUCUUCCUCCGGCUCUCACGUGGAGCUCCUCUCCCAAACACCUCCUCAAUAACAGCAUCAAUGGACAGCAGCAGCAGAUCCAGAACAAACUGAUCUCAGAUCUGAACUUCACUGUAACACAUCAACAGCAUAGAGCAAAUUUCACCUGUAUUAUAUCUUACCAGCUACUGUACAGGAACACAUCUGCACAAGAAUCGCUGACACUAUAUGUUCAAUAUGCUCCUAAAAACACAUCAGUGUUUGUGAAUCCGUCUGGUUUUGUUCUGGAGGGUCAUUCAGUUUCUCUCAUCUGCAGCAGUGAUGGGAAUCCACCUGUGAUCAACUACACCUGGUACAGAUACACUGAAGGACAGCUGAAAUAUCUCCAGAACGGAUCAAAUCUCAUCUUUAAUAAGAGCAAGUCGACAGACAGCGGUGGAUACUACUGCACUGCUCAGAAUAAACACGGCACCCAAAACUCUUCAGCACUGCUGGAUAUUCAGUAUGCUCCUAAAAACACAUCAGUGUUUGUGAGUCCGUCUGGUUUUGUUCUGGAGGGUCAUUCAGUUUCUCUCAUCUGCAGCAGUGAUGGAAAUCCACCUGUGAUCAACUACACCUGGUACAGAUACACUGAAGGACAGCUGAAAUAUCUCCAGAACGGAUCAAAUCUCAUCUUUAAUAAGAGCAAGUCGACAGACAGUGGUGGAUACUACUGCAUUGCUCAGAAUAAACAUGGCACCCAAAACUCUUCUGCACUGCUGGAUAUUCAGUAUGCUCCUAAAAACACAUCAGUGUUUGUGAAUCCAUCUGGUUUUGUUCUGGAGGGUCAUUCAGUGUCUCUCACCUGCAGCAGUGGUGGAAAUCCACCUGUGAUCAACUACACCUGGUACAGAUACACUGAAGGACAGCUGAAAUAUCUUCAGAACGGAUCAAAUCUCAUCUUUAAUAAGAGCAAGUCGACAGACAGUGGUGGAUACUACUGCACUGCUCAGAAUAAACAUGGCACCCAAAACUCUUCUGCACUGCUGGAUAUUCAGUUGCUGGGGCUUUACUAUGAUUUCUCUUCUCCUUCAGAUGCUCCUAAAAACACAUCACUGUUUGUGAAUCCGUCUGGUUUUGUUCUGGAGGGUCAUUCAGUGUCUCUCACCUGCAGCAGUGAUGGAAAUCCACCUGUGAUCAACUACACCUGGUACAGAUACACUGAAGGACAGCUGAAAUAUCUCCAGAACGGAUCAAAUCUCAUCUUUAAUAAGAGCAAGUUGACAGACAGCGGUGGAUACUACUGCAUUGCUCAGAAUAAACAUGGCAUCCAAAACUCUUCUGCACUGCUGGAUAUUCAGUACCCCCCUAAAAUAACUGGGUCCUCGUGUAACCAUAGCAACAUCAUCACAUGCUUCUGUGAGGUUUAUGGAAACCCUGUCCCAACACUGGAAUGGAGUCUGUCUGGUCAACCUGUCAAUCAUACCUCCACCAGCACAUUUAUAAUUCAAGAGCAACUGGGGGUCACAGGACUUAGGACCACCCUUACUGUCCAUCAAACGCUUACAGUCACAUCCACUCUGCAGUGUGGCAGCAGCAACAUCCACGGCACCACCAUCAAUCAGUUUCUACAGCCUCAGACUAAUCCUUCGGGUGUGGACCGCUUUCUGUUGGCUGGAUUUGUUACUGGAGCAUUAGUGAUGCUGAUAUUAUGUAUCGUGUUAUGCUUCUGUAUGCGAAGACACAACUGCAAACCAUCACAGGCCAGACAAGAAGACUCAUCUGGAUUAGUUCUCAAAAAACAAGCUGUUGUUCUGGAUAAAGAGGACGCCUGUUAUGCCAAUGCAGCAGUCACCCUAAAUUCAACCGAGUCUCUUCAUUACGCCUCCAUUGUCUUUACAAACACUAAACCAUCAUCAUCAGGUGAGAUCAGGGCCAUCUCCUCGCUCAACACAGAAUACGCAGAGGUUCGACGUCGCUCUACGGGUGUGACGGAGGCGAUAAAGAGUUCAGCAGAUGUUAUGGACACCAAAACAAACAAAAGCAAAGAAAACAAAAAGAGCACAGAAGUGUCAUCACAACCAGUGGAAAGAGAGUAUGAAAAUAUCAUCAACGCUAGGUUGAUCAAUUAAUAAUGACAAAUAUGAUGGAUGAUCUGGAGACUGAUGCACUAAAAUUGGUCAACUUUUAACCUUAACCCCUUCAGACCUAACAAGUCCUUUUUGCGUCUUUAAAAAUAUGGUUGGAA